AUGGAUACAAGACUGAGGCAACUGAUCGUGGUGAUUGUUAUCGGAUGUGCUUUGGCUAGCCAAGAGGAUACAACGACAGAUCAAUCAUCUGGACGAGCUUCACUCUUGGAUAAUGGAUUGUCCAGAGCGAUCAAACAUAUUUACGAUCAGUGCGAGAGCAGUGAUGAUAUAUUUCGAUGUCUGAAAGUUCAAGGUGCCAAGCUUUUUGGAAGAGCCUUGAAGGUGCAUAACAUCAAGCUUAUUGAGGGUAUUACUGUUGUAAGGAAACCGGAUUACAAUGAGAGUGAAGCAAGAUCCCGCGGUGAUCUUCAUCUGAGCAAUAGUGAUCUCGAACAGAUGUCCUCGAAGAGCCUGGAUAAGAUCCUUUUCGCACGGAUGAUAAGUCUCCUACAGAGUCGACAAGUGCAAGUGAACAUUCCUCGGCUUUUGUCCUUCGGUCAACGGAGUAACCAGGUUUUGUUUGAUGAUGCUCGGAAGAAGAAAGAUGACAGAAAAUAUUUAGGACCUUUUAUAGCUGCAGUUCUUCUCAAGGCUGGAAUUUUAAAAAUGGCAUAUCACUCGAUAGCAAUUUUAGCAGGAAAGGCCUUAAUUGUGGGGAAGAUAGCUCUCAUCAUCAGUGCUAUCAUUGGACUGAAGAAACUUGUCUCGGGUGAAGGUCAUGAAAAGACUACCUACGAGAUUGUCAAGCAUCCACAGGUUCAACAGAGUCACACAUAUUCAUCCAGUCAUGGUGAAUAUGAGGGUGGCCAUGAGGGUAGCUCUUAUCAUCGAAGCAUAGAUGAUGAAAUGGUCAUGCAGGACAAGGCCUACAGAGCUCAUGUCCCUAGGACUUAA